GUAGUUUUGAUUUUUGAAAGGGGCAGAAGCAGGUGGGAGUUGGUGGCAGAAUUAACUGGUGUGGAGGCUGUCUUAGGAGGAGUUCAUUGACACAGACUCCCCUGCAAAUGCCUGGGGACACCCUGAGUGCCCCAGCAGAAGAGAAGGUGGCAUUUCCCAGUGGGCAAACCCAUCAUCCCAUUAAGAGACUUCCAAGAGGAGAGACAAGACGAGAAUCACCGUGUCCUUCUUUUGCAGAGAGCUUUCACACAAGCUUCCCCACCACCGCCGCCUGCUGCCAUUUCCAUCCUGCUAGUGGCAAAACUGUCUGAGACCUCCCCCCACCCAGCCCACCUCUCCAGAUCAAGCUGGAUCAGACACCAAAGAUGCCUAUGAAGAAAAAAGGGAAGCAAAGGUCUGCGGAGUCCUCUCCUGCCAUCGACCAACCUGGGACAUCAAGGGAUGAGGCAGAUCAGCCCGGCCCAAACCCACCUUCCAUGGAGACCACCAGCCAAGUCACUCCGGUUCUCCAGGCACGGAGGAUGACCUACACAACAGAGCUGUUCAGCACCUUGAGGGACAUCCGCUGGUACCAGAUCCCCUUGUCCUCUUUAAGGAGGCCCAAAGCACGGCUGUUCAGCUUUACGUUCCAGUCCAGCCUGCAAGAGUACCAGCAGCUCCGGAAGACCAAGAGGCUGAAGGUUGGCCGGCCUUUUUCUGUGUUCCCUCUCCCUAGCUUGCCUUGGGUGCACCCCGAUUGCUCCCAAGAGACCUCGCACCGUAGGCGUGGCCGUCACAGGUACUCAAGCACUGGAGGAGCCAAAAGCAGCAAGAAGGCCUCAACCCACAGAGAAGAGUCCCAGGCCUUUUCUGGAAGGAUGCGCACCAGGCUGCAGACGCAGAGGGCAUCUGCCCGCUCUUUGGCCAAGAAGUAUGUCUUCUGCUCAGGAACGGCCCACCAAGAAGGAGAGCCCAGCAGCAGCAGCUCCAGAAACCAAGAGGCCGACCUCAGCCCCUCACCUCAGCCGGCCCAGGCUUCGGAUCCUUGUGGAUUCUCACCUUCGUCUGAAUACACCCUCAUGGAGAGAGCAGGGAGCUAUGGCAGUGCCAGCACAUGGGCCGAUGGCAGCUCUUCUUCUUUGGAAGAGGACGGCAUGUUCCCCGUUGACUGGUCUCCGCCCAGGAUCGAAUUCCUGUACGAUGAAGAUCCACCAGUUCUGAGCCCGGCCCCGGGGCCCACGUCUGAGUCCCACAGCUCAGAGGAGAUGCCGGAUAUCACCGACGGGCCGGUGGAGCUGCAGGCGAUGGAGUUCUUGCCUGAGACCUCCUCAACUGGGGGCACCGUGGAGUUUCUCGAAGAGGCAGCACAACCCAAGGCGGCAACCUGGUUGGAAACCGUAAGCGGGGACGUGAAGGCUCUAGAGCACUUCGUCCCCAGUUCCUGUGACGUGAUAAACGUCCCCAGUACCUGUGAGGUGAUAAAUGAGGAGCUGGAAAGAGCCUCGCUCCUGGACCAAACCGAGGAAAACAGCAAGAGGGCCGUAGACCCAGAAGGUUCACCGAUACCGUCUCCCACCCACCCACAGGCGGCAUCACCACCAGUCUUCUCCGAAAGCAGCAUCUCAGGGGAUGAGUUUGUCGGGGACCCAGAAAGGCUGUCUCUGGAGUCAUACCAAGAGGGGGACGCGGCCGGGUCAGAAUGUCCCUCUUCACCAGCGUCCCUCCAGACCCUGAUGGCCUCGUCCAGGCUCUCUCCUCAGUGCAGCAGCUGGGCCGAGGGACUUGCCGGGCGUCCAGGGAGGCUGAGCCUGAGUUUGGAGCUGGAGGAAGACACUGAUGAAGACGAUGACGACAGCAGCCUGGUGCCGCUCGAGGACCUGUUUCAGACGAGCAGCGCGGCAAGCCACAGCACUGUGGAGCUGAGCACAUUCCUCUCUUCAGGGCCAGAUUGUUACCUCAACAGCCUAGACAAGCUCCUCGAGGAGAAAAGGGAGCAAAUCCAGGAGGACGAAGAGCUGGAGAGGAGUCUAGGGGAGAAGCUGCUGCUCUCCAGUUCACUCGGCACCAUGGAGGUGGAGGAAGAAGCAGAAGAAGAAGGAGACAUGUUGCCUGAAGCUCACAGGUUGCUGCUAGAGCAGUUCUCCAGCCAUCAGGGUGCAAUCCCUGCUGUGCAUCCCGGUGAAAGCAUCUUUUUGCCAUCUGCCUGCCAGAGAAACGCUCCGGCCCUUGAAACUGCUGGGCUGAAGCCUCGGAAUCUGCUGGAGAGCCUUUUCUUUGGCUCCCAGUUUGCCCAGCGGAUGGCGCUCCUCCAAGAUGGCAUCCUGGGCUCCUUGUACCGCAACCUGCCGGGUUGUCCCCACCCUGUCCUCCUCUGGCUCUUCCAGCUGAUGUCUUUAAACCCGGAUGUCUCCACAGACGCCUUCCAAGCCCUCUGGGAAAUCCGCAUCGGUCAGCUCACCUCAGCCGAUGAGGUUGGCGCAGAUCUUUGGUGCCCUACGUUACAGGACAUCAUCCAAGCCUUCUACAAUUUAGGGGCCUGUGAAUCGGCUUUGUACCCUGAUGGGCUUGUGCCGCUGGAAUUCAGAUACGAAGACCUGGAGUUCCGGGAUCCUCCUCCUCCUCCUCAGGGGUCUGCAGAUGUCAGCGGCGGGAGCCUUUCUCCGGAAGCCCCAGGCCCAUUUGCCUUGGCAGCCAUGCUUGGAGAUAUAUUCAAGUUCCUGACAUUGUGCGUGGUGUCCCUUCCGCACUGCUACCCCGACCGCCAGCGCUUGGCUCUCCUGGCUCUGCUGUGCCGGCUCAGCCUGGACAGGAACCUCCGGGAGCAGCCUCAAGUGGAGCUGCAGCUGCUACUCCUGGCCCUGACCGAAGGCAUCCGAGACUGGCAGGAAAAGCUGCCAGAAUUGGUCAGAAUGCUCUGCCAUCUUUCCCUGCAUCAUCACAAUCUGGUUGCAGUCAUGCGCCUCUUUCCCGACACCACCACCAGAGGAAGGCAGCUGCGCAGAAACCUGAGCCUGUGCUUCAUUUAUAAGCUUCUUGGAAAGAUGCAGAUGGCAACAAGCCCUUGGCAAGAAGAGACCCAGCUGCAGCAACUUGGCCAUCUCCUCCCGCUCCUGAAGCUCGCCUUCCUGAAGCAGGGCCUGCGGCGGGCACAAGGCGUUCCAGGGCAGCCUGGGAAGGAGCAGAAGGAGGCGCUGGAUGAGCUGGACCGGGAGGCCUGCUAUCUCUGCUACAGUCUCCUGAAGUUAGCCAACGUGGUGGUGGGAACCCACAGUGGGUCUCCGAGGGAGCAGGGACAUCUCCAGAAGCUCUGUGUUCAAUUGCAGAGGCACAUCAGCACCAGCAUCCGGGAGGACGCCUGCCUCAUGUACCGGACAGAGCUGAAGAACCUGGUUGUCCAUACCUACAUCAAGUGGCAGGAGCUGUUCUCUCGGGGCUGGCCCCAGAGCGCCGCCCUGCAGGGCCAGAGUGGAAACAUCUGAUGUUAGGAUGCGUCCCGAGAAGACUUCACCAAAGAGAACAAGCAGCCAGGCAUCAGCAACGCCAGAGUGUGCAUCAGAGAAGGGGGAGAGGAAAUGUUCAGCCCUCCCGGCCCUGUUCCUCCAUCCUCUUUCCCCAUCAAAAGCAGAGGCAUUUUAACGUUGGGUUUUCUAACCUUUUGUUUUUCAAAGGAGGGAAGUUCUCGCCAGGGCAAAGCCCAAAUGGCACUUGCUAUUUAUUUAGACAACCUUGGGUCUCUAAGAAGUGUGCUUUCCAAAAGCAGAGGAAAAGCUGGGGGAAAGGAAUACCCACUGCUCCCUGUACCGAGGAGGCCAAAAUAAAUGUCAUUUUUAAUGGG